CGUUCAAAAGAGCGACAAUUUAAACCACGGGAGCGGUUUGGUGCUGUAUCGAGCUGUUUAAAUCAGUUUACGUGUGGAUUGUGAAGGGACGAGAGUUUAGAAAUGGCAUUGCGUAUCACAAGGAGUAACCGCCUUCCCAGCAGUGAGAACCAGCACCCAGUGGCAGGGAAAGCGGUCCCUGUAAACAAGCCUGUGUUGAGGCCCAGGGCCGCACUGGGGGAAAUCGGGAACGCGGCUUUACCUCGACAACCUCUGAGAAAAAAGGAUGUGAAGGUCGCCCCUGUGGUGGUUGAAGAGAAGAAAGUUCCUGAGCCUGUUCAACAGCCAAAACAGGCACCCAAGCAGUUACCUAAAGAGGAAAAUGAGAUAUAUUCUGAGCCAUCCUCUCCUGUGCCCAUGGAAACUUCUGGCUGUGCCCCAGAUGAGCUGUGCCAGGCUUUCUCUGAUGUGCUUCUCAAUAUCAAGGAUGUAGACGCUGAUGACUAUGACAAUCCCAUGCUCUGCAGUGAAUAUGUAAAGGACAUCUACAAAUACCUCCGGCAACUUGAGGCUGAUCAGGCUGUCAGGCCAAAGUAUCUGGAAGGAAAGGAAGUUACUGGGAACAUGCGUGCCAUCCUUAUUGAUUGGCUCGUCCAGGUCCAAAUCAAGUUCCGACUGCUGCAGGAGACCAUGUACAUGACUGUUGCAAUCAUUGACCGUUUUCUUCAAGAUCACCCUGUUCCAAAAAAGCAGCUUCAGCUGGUUGGUGUAACUGCUAUGUUCAUUGCCUCCAAAUAUGAGGAAAUGUACCCACCUGAGAUCGCAGACUUUGCCUUUGUGACGGACCGUGCCUAUACCACUGCGCAGAUCCGGGAGAUGGAGAUGAACAUAAUGAGAGUCCUGAAAUUCAGCUUUGGAAGACCCCUGCCACUCCAGUUCCUCCGUAGGGCCUCAAAAAUUGGAGAGGUUACAGCAGAGCAGCACACUUUGGCUAAGUACUUUGUGGAGCUUACAAUGGUGGACUAUGACAUGGUGCACAUGUCUCCCUCUCUGGUUGCCAGCUCUGCCUUUGCCCUCAUGUUGAAAGUCUUUGACUGUGGUGACUGGAACCCUACAUUGCAGUAUUACAUGGGUUACACUGAGGACAGCCUGAUCCCUGUAAUGAAGCACAUUGCUAAGAACGUGGUCAAAGUCAACGAAGGACUCUCGAAGCACCUGGCGGUUAAGAACAAGUACUCCAGUCAGAAGCAAAUGAGGAUCGCAUCCAUCUCACAACUUAAAUCAUCAAUGAUCAAGGACCUCGCCAAGCAAGUCUCCUAGUGAGAUUGGAAUAGACUCUAGCACUAUGUGCUGACCUUGUAAAAAUUGUAACUUAAAUGCAUGCUUUUACUUUGUUUUAAAUGGUUUUUUGAAGUGUAUGGAAGAUGGUUAAGGUUGUGCAUUUGGCCAAGAUGCUUUAUUCUACACUGCCAUUGUCUUGGUAAAUGUUACCUCUUCUUGCUUUCUACAGAUGUGCAAUCUUGUACUUUUUUUUUCUAAAUUUUACAAUAAACCUUUUAAGUGUUUACUACA